GCGCCGCACAGGAAGUAGCGGCUGCGGGGAGCGGCGGCGCCAGCUGGGGCUGCGGCGCUCCAUGAGACCAGGCUCCCGCAGCCGCCCGGCCCCGCUCUUCUCCGCCUCCCGGCACCGGCAUCAGCGGCCGAGCCCGGGGGCUGGAGCCGGAGGCUGAGCCGGCCGCAGGCGGCUCCGGCUUCUUCCCGAGGAGGCGGCGGGGAACGCAGGCAAAUGAGAAAGCAAAUCUCUUGAAACAUAAGCAGUGGUACUUCCCUGGAGGGAGGAGAUGGGAAUUCUCCUGUUACUCUGAGAGUUGCCAGGUGCCAGAAGUGGUCCACAGUGGUGGUGUCUGUCAUGAAUAAAAGGUGACAGCAAAAGUGGAAGGCUGAUGAGACCCCACUGACACAGCAAUAGGACAGUUUUUCAGGGACAAUUAUUCUGAGUGACGGCCCUUGCACACGCUUCUGAGUGGUUAUCAUGGGCUUCAUUGCCUUUCUGAAGACCCAGUUCAUAGUUCACCUCCUCAUUGGGUUCGUCUUUGUUGUGAGUGGACUGAUCAUUAACUUCAUUCAACUAUGCACGCUAGUCCUCUGGCCCAUAAACAAGCAGUUUUAUCGACGAGUAAACUGUCGCCUUGCCUAUUCGCUUUGGAGCCAGUUGGUAAUGCUGCUGGAAUGGUGGUCAGGCACAGAGUGCACCUUGUUCUCUGACGAGGCUACUGUGAAUACCUUUGGGAAAGAGCACGUCAUCAUCAUCUUGAAUCACAACUUUGAAAUUGACUUCUUGUGUGGCUGGACUAUGACAGAACGCUUUGGAGUACUCGGGAGUUCCAAAGUUCUCGCUAAGAGAGAGCUACUGUAUGUGCCCCUAAUUGGCUGGACGUGGUACUUCCUUGAGAUUGUUUUCUGCAAAAGGAAAUGGGAAGAAGACAGAGAUACGGUUAUUGAAGGAUUAAAACGUUUGGCUGAUUAUCCUGAAUAUAUGUGGUUUCUCCUGUAUUGUGAAGGAACUCGUUUUACAGAAACCAAGCAUCGUAUCAGUAUGGAGGUAGCCGAAUCCAAGGGGUUGCCUAAACUGAAAUACCACCUAUUGCCCAGAACCAAAGGUUUCACCACUGCUGUCCAGUGUCUCAGGGGAACAGUUGCAGCAGUGUAUGAUGUAACACUAAAUUUCAGAGGAAACAAGAACCCCUCCUUAUUAGGAAUUCUUUAUGGAAAGAAAUAUGAAGCAGAUAUGUGUGUAAGGAGAUUUCCUCUGGAAGACAUCCCUCAAGAUGAAAAGGAAGCUGCAAAUUGGCUUCAUAAGCUUUAUCAAGAAAAGGAUGCUUUGCAAGAGAUGUAUAAUCAGGAAGGCGUAUUUCCUGGCCAGCAGUUUAAACCUCCUAGGAGACCAUGGACUCUCCUAAACUUUCUUUUCUGGGCCACAGUUCUCCUCUCGCCUCUCUUCACAUUUGGCUUUGGAGUUUUUGCAAGUGGAUCACCUCUCCUUAUCCUUGCAUUCCUGGGAUUUGUUGGAGCAGCUUCCUUUGGAGUUCGUAGACUGAUAGGAGUAACUGAAAUAGAAAAAGGCUCCAGCUAUGGCAACCAAGAAUUCAAGAAAAAGGAAUAACUGACAGCUGCAGUUCAGCACAUAUAAUGAGACUAUGGUACCUGAUUAACUUCAGUUAAAAAAACAAACACUUAGAAACUAUCUUUUUCUUAAUAACUGAUGACUAAUAUUAAUGAAUAAAACUUGAGCCAAGAAUGAAGAAUUUGGAGGCAUCAACUGAAAAGAACGCAUCAACUUUCUGCCUGUUUAAGGAUUACUGUAGUCAAACUAUGGGAGAAAAUCUGGGGUGGGGGGGAGGAGGAAAUUAAUUUUUCUUGCUUUGUUGGGGGUUUGGGGGUGGGGGGAGAAGAGAGGUCAUUGGGCAUGGCCAUGUGCAUCGUCAGAUGACUGAAUACACUGGUUUCUGUCAAGAGCACUACACUCACUUUUACAACAGGAGCCAUUGAAUGUUUCUUCUUGCUAAAGCCAACAUAGCAUUUGAUUUUUCAACUUUUUUAUUAAUGAUCCAGGAAAAAACAACCAUUCUUUAAUUAAUUAUAGAUGUUCACUGGAUUAGUCUCUUUGGAAAGGUUGUGUUUUCAUGGCUACAGAUUAAAUCCUAUUUGUAUGUUACACUGAUACAUUUUAUUUUCAGGCAACAUCUUAAAACUUCUAUAAUGUAAGAGAACACGUAAUGGAGUUUGGAAGCAGUGCGUUACUGAUCAGCACAUGACGUAGAACAGAUCCAUUAGUAUUAAAAGAGUAUAAAAUUCUCAUCGUAUCUCCUGCCAACUGCUCAAGGCUGUUUAAUUUCUAAAUAUUACCUCAGUCUUGAGUGUUGUUAGCCCUGUUUCACAUCAUGUAUGUAUGUAAUUUUGAGUCUGUUUGCAUUUGUUUUGUUUUCUGAACUAAUUUUGACCGUGGGAUUUGGAGUUGUGCAAAGAAGGAAAUUUAUUCAAUUGUCCUGAUGUUUUUUCCUUUUAUUUCUGUUCACGUCUGUCAUCACCAAAGUCCAGUUCAACCAAGAUCUCUCAGUAAACUGGGGGAUAACGGCAGAAACUAGCACAAUAGUUUUCAAAAUCUUGUAUUUUACAAGAAUUCUGAAAGGAGAGGUCUGUAGCAGUAAGAUUCCAAACACCGGCAUCUCUUGAACUUCUAGUGGGAGUUUUGACAUUGAUUCAAAUGGGGACCAGGAUCUUACCCUGUGUGCUGUAAUGGUAGGGUGUGCUGCACUUUCUACUUGGUUGUGUUAUAGAUGUUAAUGUGAAGAAUAUUGCAAGGUGAGUUGUGCUGUUAAGCAUUAGAAUGAGUGUGGGGUCUCUUCAGGGAUUUAAAUAUCUUUAGUUUUGCUUGUUGUCCUUUGGAUUUUUUCACUAAAAUAGAGAUCAGAAUCAUGGCUGUACCUCUUAUUUUUUCAUAAACGCACAUUUUAAGACUUUUGCAGAUUGCUGCUGUGUGCACAGCUGCAGAAUUAUUCUCAAGUAGAUGGGAGCUACCUAUAUGUUUAAGUCUGAAGGCCAAAAUCUGCAUUUGGCUACGCUCAGAAGUUGGUGAAAUGGGUUGCAGAUCUACAGCUGGGGGCAGAAACCAACUCUUGAGGUCUGCCAUUUUAGCUGCCAUUUAGAAUAUUUAUCUCACUCUUGCAAAUAGCAGAUCUUAUCAGAGCACUGAUUAUUUUUUAUCUUUGCUCUAGCAACCACAAUAAGAGAGUAAUCAUCUACCUUCUUUUCAUAUUUACUCCGUUAGAAUGUAACCUCUUCUCCCACAGGUUUUUCUGUCUAGAAGAGCAAUUUUGUAACUUGGAAAAAUAUUUUACUGUGGAUCGUUAGUCACUGUUCUGUCAUGCACUUGAUUUUUAUUAGUGGUCUUUCCAACGGAAUGAUUUGAAGGAUAACCUAUGUUGUCUGUCUCCUGAGACUCAUCCUCACCGAAUCAUUGUACCUGUAGCUCCAGCAUUACUGUGUCAUCUUUCUACCCUACAAAAAGUCUUCCCUAAGACGGGACACAAAACUGUUGUUCAUGUUGGUAGAAAUUGGAAUAUGAUUUGGGAAUUGAGGAGAAUAGAUCCUAGCCAUGACUCUGUUUUCCUUACUGAGUGUUUUUGUACUCUGUCUUUAAAUAUGGUUAGAAUUCUAAAUGCUGAUAAAUAUAACUCUGAUUUUUCCCUGUUUUUUAACCAGAGGGCUAAAACCAGUGAGCUUUUCUUUCUUUUCAUUCCCCCCUCCCCUUUUUUUUCCCCGUAAGUAAUUCAGUAAUGGAUAUAAUUCUUGUUUGUUAGAAAGAUGCUACACAUGCUGUAUACUUGCUUCCUGAAGAUGGUAUUGAGUGUAUAUAUAAACUGUACCAGCUUAGCAAAGUGAGGCUUGCAAAGCAGGCUGACCACUGGCUGUUUUAUACUUACACUUUGGGUGGUAUAUUAAUAGGGCAUGACAAGAAUUUGACAAAAUAAAUCCCUUCUUAAUGUUGAGAAGAGGGGGAGUGCUUAAAGGGGAAGGGAAUUAAUAGCCUUUCUCUUUAUGGGAUUCUUUUCUCCUCUUAGUGCAUGUAACUCCUUAUUAGGAAUCAUGGGAUUAGUGCAUGUACAUCAAGGGGAGAAUAAUCAAUGUUUCAUAUUUUCUUAUAACUUAUUGGUCAUGCUUUCUUUUUCAAAAUAUAAUACAUGCAUCAUCAUUUACUUAAUUUGCUCUUCUAAACGGACAUAUCAGUAACCAUUUGGAAGAUCGAAAUAUACAGCAAUGUACAAAACAGUGAAAAACAACACAAAUCUCUUCAUUUUGAAUUUUAUCUCCUCAAAUAGGAGUUUUUAUAUACGCACGAGCGCACACAUACACAGAGUAUGUAUAAAUUAAAAUUACUGGAAAUAGCUGAAGUUAAUGUCACUAAUGAAGAUUAGCAGGUGGCUUGGAUUGGAAAAGUGAGCGUAGAUUUUAUAUCUUACACUAUUUUCUUCUGGUUUAAUAGAUUAUAGCUUGUAUAUUUGACUACCAAGCCCUUUAAGAGCAAUAAUAAACAAAAAUAUAUCAUGUUUUUUUGUCUUUUGCUUUUCAACCAUGCUAAGUUUAAUAAACUUAAAGCUGUAGGAUCAUUUCCUCUCUCCACCUUUCAAAACAUUCAUUUAUUGCUUGAUCGUUUAGAUUAAAUACCAUGUCCUCCAGCAUGGACCUGCAAGCUGACUGUCAUGGAUCUCAGCAUUGACUCUGAAGGUGACUAAUAUGGGCCAUGGCAGCACCCAUCGUUGUCGUGAAGAACAACGAUAUUGCUCUCAAAGUGGGAUUUGCAAUUCCAAGAUAGCAUCAUGUCGACCUACGUCUUAAGAAGCUGGUGGGAGAGCUCUGAGGCUACUGGUGUUGUGAUGUCUCGCAGUUAGGAAGGCACAAAAAGCUGAUGCUGAAGAAGGAUGGGUUGUGAUCUGUCUGGAUAGCUGGUAUCCAGAGGUCUUGGCUCAAUAGGGAUUACAGUUCUCUGUUGCUCAUUGUGGGCUGAAUGUGCUCUUGCAAUUGACUUAGUGUUACUGAGCAAAAUAUUUGUCUCUGGCACAAAGAGCAUGGGCAACGUUCCUUUGUUUUGCUUUAACUUAUCUUGAAGGGCUCUAUACUUAAUUGCUGACCAAUGAAUAUGACUACUACCUUUUGUCCUAAUUGCCUAGUGUUCACGGAAAAAAGUGAAUGUGUCUGCUCACUUCCACGUGAUACCGCUUGUCACAUCUACUGAUGUCUGUAUACUUGCUUGCCUGUAUUUUCUGCAGAUGGUUCGGUUAUGACCUCCUGGCUGGAACUUGGAGCUUUCCAGUUCAACUAAUACUAAAGAAAUCAUCUCACGUAGCUGGGUUUUUGUCUUCCUGCAUUUUGGGCACUGGUUGACAUGCUCAGUAGGUAUGAAGUGACAUAACUCUGUUUAAGUCUACUGAUGAUGCAACUUUGCUGCUUCUGAGCAAAACUUUGUUAGGGAGGGUACGUCCUUCUCAGGCCUGCCUCACAUAGGCCUGCAUUACCUGGUAAGAGGUCUCUCUCUGGCAUCAAUGAAACCAAUAAAUGGGAUUUCACUAAGGCUGGAGCAACUAACAAGGAGUAGUCAAUGUACAUCUGAUAAUUGCUAAAGGUACCGUUUCUGUCUGGGACUACCCCAAAACCUGUAUUCACUUCACGUACGUUUUGAUUAGAGAAACAUGGGGUUGGAGGCUUUUACUAAUGCUGAAUUCACACUGUGCAACGUUUCAGAUUGAAGACAAUGUUCACAUAUCUUGGCAUCUUGGAGAAGUACAUAGUAAGUCUAAGGUCAACAUUGGAUAGACUUAGCCCAACUGUGUUUCAUACAGAUGCUGAAGGCCAAUGCAAAUACAAGUGAAACAUCCAUUCCUAGGUUCCCUUUUGGAAAUUGGACGCACUGGAGUAGCUCACAGCAUCUCCUGGAUGCCCAUGUGCUUAUGUCACUUGGUAUGAAGUUUCUCGCUCGCCGUAGUCCCAGUUGCACGAUCCUGGCUCAUGCCUGGGAAGAAAAGCCCUUCUUCUUCAUGGUAAUGCUGAAUUUGUACUUUGAAGCAGUUUGUCACACCUGCUGGUUUCCAUAUUUCUGAACUUUUGGAUCCAUAACGGGCUGCUCUGGAGCUGCCAGCACUGGGUGAAGCUGGGGUUUGAAGCAGGUACAGUUUUGCUGAAAGCUGCAACACGCACAGCUGAAUGGAGGAGAAAGACGGACAGAUACGGCCAAAUUCUUUCCCCCAAGCCAAGCAAUGGAAGAAUUGCCAGGAGCUUUGUAAACCAGAGAUGAGCAUGUAUGUGGGCAGGCACAUUCUGAUCUGUAACAUGAAUGUGAAACCACUUGGUGACAACUUACAAGGUAACCCUCACUAUUUUCAUGCAACUGGGGUCAGAAUUGGUCUUGAAGGGCCUAUCUCCUUGUUACAGAGGGCAACUUUUUAUUUUGUCACACCUCCUAUUUAUCUUGAAGAAUAGUUUAUCUGAUUGUCGCAGUGAUCUCUGCACCAAGAUCCCUGCAGAUUUAAAUAAAUAAAUAUUUUUGAGGGAAGACUUACUGGAAGCCAGUGUAAUGGGGUGUGAACCACAUUUGCUACCCACCAGAAAAUGGCAUGGAAACACUACACGAUUUGGAGUUGGGAAGACAGUGGAUUGGCAUCCAUAAGCCAAAUGUGUCAUGUUUCUCUUAUCUUUGACCUCUCUAAGUUUAUAGAAGAUUGCCUGGAUUUCUUAAAAUGUUACACCCAUACAGACUGGCACAAAAGCUACUCUGCAGUUUUUGAAACUCAGAGGAAGGUUAAUUUUCACUUUUCAGAGUGCUUGAGUGUAGUUGAUUGUCUAUUUCCAAAAAGCUUUACAAACUCCAUUAGCAAGAGAAGCAUUUUAUCUUUUUUAAGAGGAAAUGUAUUUUAAAAAUAGACACUUUAUCAGAAACUGGAAUAUAAUAGUAAUUUUUAAACCUAACUUGGAAGUAUUUGAAGUAUUCUUUAGUGUAGGGGCUACCACCACUAAUUUUCAGUCUUACCUGAUUUUUUUUUUUUUUUUUUUUGCCAAGGUAUAUUUUCAAGGAAACCAUAACAAUUUACUAGUUACAUCGCAAUCUAAUUUGAGAAGAGCAGAAGAGUAGGUGGCACAGGCUAAUCAGGAAUGCAAAUUCUUCCCAAGGCAUCAGAUAGACCUUUAUUAUUUGCACUUGUGCACAGAGACAAGCUGUAUCACUUGCAUUAUUUUGCUUCAGCUUUGUCAGAGAUGUACGCUGUGACAAUUGAAUGCUACUUGCCUGAAAGCCAGGAAGCUCCUGUAAACUGGCAUGUUACUCACUCAUAAAGAUCACCAGCAAGUACCGUAGCUUUAAUGAAAACCUCUUUAAUGAGAAAACUAACCCUCCUUAACGUUAUUGAUCGGUUGUUACAAACUCAUGCUUUGGAGGGAAGUGUCAUGAUUAUUAGCCAAAUCUAGCAAGUAAUAAAACUGUAUACAGGGUACACAUUUACUGUGCAUGUGUAUAUAUUUUUGUACAUUUUUACAGUUAUUUCCUACACUUGAUUCUUUUGAUGUUCAGAAGAGAUGCGUCUGAAUCUGGUUAAAAAAAAUAAAACAAAACGAAGCCUAACCCUGUCACUCACUGUAGUUUCUAAAAAGAACUGUGCCCAAACAAAUACACAGAUUUACAGUGCUAUGCAAAUUUCACUUUGUAAGUUGUCUCUUAAAUUUUGUUUAAGUAGUUCAUGCUGUUUUUACUGAGCUUUCAGAAAAAAAAAAUGCAAACGACUCGUCUUGUAAAAUAAAAUAGUUUUGGCUGUGUGAAAGUACUGUAUAUUAGAAUCUCGUUCAUGCGUUCAGUUGCUUAUCUGAACUGUUUGUAUGUGACUUUGUACAUAAUAUGCUGGCAUAG